AAGGAAGGUGCUGAGGUAGGAGCAGGGCGGGAGCGUCUCCGGACGGGGGAGGAGCCAGAGCUCGGGGAGGCGUGUCCUGCACUAGUACGUCUGGAGCUGUGAAGAAACAGAGCGGAGCACAGUGCACGGGACCUGUGGUCGGUCUGCCCGGGGAUGCCUCCUGACCAGCCGGUGACUGGGCUUCUAAUAUCCGCGGCAUACCAGGAGACCGUCAUCAGAUGCCAGUAACUACAGCUGGGUCCGUCGGACAUCACUGCACAUGGCUACCGGUGUCAUAGCUCUGCUAGUCCCUCCGUUCUUCUCCCAUGCACAGCGCUGCUGCAUGUAGUUACCUUCAUCCCAGGAUCUCCACCGUCGCUGAGUCUUGACUGGUCUCCAGAAGGAUCGCAGGAUGGGGGGCAACCUUGGCUGUCAUCGCUCCAUCCCUAAGGACCCUUCAGACUUGUGUCAGAAGAACCGCAAGUUCAGUGCGGCUUGUAACUUCAGCAACAUCUUGGUGAGUCAGGAGAGGCUGAACAUCAACACGGCUAGCGAGGAGGAGCUCAUGACUUUGCCCGGGGUGUCCAGGCAGGUGGCCCAGAACAUUGUGGAGUACAGAGAAUACAUUGGGGGCUUCAAGAAAGUGGAGGACUUGGCUCUUGUCAGUGGGGUGGGGGCUGCUAAACUGGAGCAGGUCAAGUUUGAGAUUUGUGUUAGUAGUAAAGGUGGCUCUGCCCAACACUCACCCAACUCUCUAAGGAAGGAUGUGGAGUAUGGGCACCACAGUGGGCACCUGUCUGCAACCAGGGUCAACAUAAACACUGCGACAGCUGCCCAGCUGAUGAACCUCAGAGGGUUAACUGAGGAGAUGGCUCAGAAUAUUAUUCUCUAUCGUACUCAGCAUGGCCCAUUGAAGAGCAUUGAGGACUUAGUCAAGGUGGACUCUAUUACCAUAGCUUUUCUGGAUAAAGUGAGGCACCAAGUCUAUGUACAAAGGUCCAGGCCACCAUCCACACACACCAAUGGGGGUUUACACUUUAUGGCCAAACCACAUCCUAGUCCAACUUCUCUAAGCUUACAGAGCGAAGACCUUGACUUCCCACCUGGAGGACCAACUCAACUUAUCUCCACAAGACCUGCUGUGGAAGUUUUUGGUGGUGUUAGGGAAGGGAAGCCUGUGCUCAGGUUGGCAACAUGGAAUCUACAAAACUGUAGUCUGGACAAGGCCAGCAAUCCUGGCGUGCGGGAGGUGGUAUGCAUGACCAUUUUGGAGAACUGCAUCAAACUGGUAGCAGUUCAGGAACUGACAGAUAAAGAUGCUCUGGAAAAGUUCUGCUCAGAAUUAAACCAACCUUCCCUGCCUAAUAUUCGCAAGUGGAAAGGGGUCAGAGGCUCGUGGAAGUGCGUGGUUUCUGAAAAGCCAUCAUCUAGCCCCAGUGAGAAAGGAAUGUAUUCUGGAUUUCUGUGGGAUAUAACAGCUGGCAUUGAAUUAAAGAAUGUCUGCUUACAUGAAGCCCUUCAGACCAAUGGCAAUGGCAAGCACACGUAUUCACAACCCUACAUUGCACAUUUUAAGGUUGGAACGAGUGAUGUCACCCUGGUGAACAUUCAUCAGCGCCCUCCCCCACAUGAAGGUGGAAAGCAGCACAGUGACAGCCACAAAUCAUCUACCUUUGGACACACACUGCAGGAGACCCUGAAAGGGGAAAAAGAUGUGAUCAUUUUAGGGGGAUUCAGCCAACCGCCGGAUAGCAAUAACUUUGAUACUCUGAGAAAAGAAAAGUUCCAGAACUUGCUCCCAGCUAAUACAUUUACAAAUAUAAGCACAAAAAGUCCUCAAGGCAACAAGUCCUUAGACAACAUCUGGAUCAGCAAGAGCCUGAAGAAGGUGUUCACAGGUUAUUCUCUAGUGGUGAGGGAAGGACUGACAAAUCCGUGGAUUCCGGAUAACUGGUCAUGGGGAGGAGUGGCAUCGGAGCACUGCCCUGUACUGACAGAGUUUUACCUGGAGAAAGACUGCAAUAAGAAGGAGUUAUCAUCUAAAGCCAAUGGUGUCACUGUGGAACGUAAUGAAGCCAAUUCGAAGCAUGAAAGAUAGAAAGUGAAUGAGAAUAUUUACCGGUGUACUGACUGUACUGUGAACCAGAACUGAACUCGCAUAGCUCAAGUAAUGACGUUUGGCUCCACAUAUUUCAUCACCAGUGAUGUCAACAAUCGGAUAUUGUAGAAUGCUGCUUCCUCUAACUACCUGCUUCUGCUUACCUGUGUGCCAUGCACAGACAAUGAAUGGAAAACUUCAGAGAAACUUGUAUCUUGAGAAGUGGCGCAAUAACCAAGACUGUAUCAGAAGACCUUUAACACUGUCAGUGAUUCUUCUCAGUUAUAUUAAUAAGAUUACCUGGUGAUUGCAUGCUAUUUUUUUUUUUUACAUGUAUUAAGACCGUUUUCAACUUUUUAACUAUGCACUUUUAACCCCUUUACAGCUACUUAGCCAGAUGGCUAAAUAAUGUGAUGAAAGAGCGCUUCAAAUAAAAUACAUUCGGAAUAUGUUUAUUUAA